CUCCCGUGUUAUUUUACAGUGACGUAAAUUACGGACAUGCGCAGUCACUCCGAAGCAAAGGCGCCAUCCUCACCUUUUUAAGUUGAUGAAUUUGGAAGCUGCUGAGUACAUCGAGCAAGGUGUCGUCCUUCCGUGGUAGGCUGAAUCCUGACUACAGAUGGGAGAGCGUGAAAUCAACCUGUCCAUGGCGAGCACUAAACCAGCCUCACCGGAGAUGGCAGACCACCUAUCCAGAAGGUUCAGGGCCCAGAUAACCGCAGCCAUGGACGCCAUCCUCAGAAGCGCCGCGUUGGGGCUGGCAGAGAUCUUUGACCGAUGCGUGCAUGACUACUGCAUGCAGCUGGCGGAGAAAGGUGAAGCGAUCGCUCGGUUAGAAAUGAAGUUGCGCAACACCGAGCGUUUGCUGAAGGAAUAUGUAGGUGAAUGCGACAAAGUAGCGGCGCGGAAUGAAACCGAGGGCGACGAGAGACGAGGAGAGGGGGAAGACAUCUUGAUUACUUCCUGCACAGCUUCACCUGAGAGGAGAUUCCAAGUACCCGUUGCGUGUAUCUCCGAGACCGUGACCAAAGACUACGGUGAUAUUUGCCCCGGCAUUCGAUUACGCCAAAUAUCCAUUCCACUGCAGCAUUGCCCAGUCAUGCCCAGCCCCGAGCCUGAGAGCCGCCGGCGUUCAAAGGGCGGAACAAAAAAAGCGUCCUCCCCAAGUGAAAGCCAAAAAGCCCCUCAGCGUCCAAGUAUGACCAAACGUGGACUAAGAUGUCGUUUACCAGCAAGGAAUAACAUGAAAGGGUUGCUCCAGGACGCUAAGGAGGAGAAUUUGGACCGACCCGUCACAGCAGCAGCUCGUCGAAGAAGUGAAAGAAAACGGCAGCGGCGACGUCCGGCAGACAAAACACGGCGACAAAAAGCAACCACAGAGCAGGUGAAAAGUGAUGAAAAAAUGUCUUUUUGCAAACUCUGUGACAAGGUGUUUGAUACGCCGCUUGCCCAGAAUGUGCACAGAAGAUUGCACAAGAAGUGCCGAGGCUGCAAAAAAGACUUUUCCCUGCCAAGCGCUCGGAAAAAUCACCAACAAUUGUGCCCAACACUUAAGAAAUCAUCGGAAGCAGCACCGUCGGCUCCACUUCCCCAACCCCAUCUUGAAUUAAGAGACAAAAAUCGCAGAACGAAACAGGUGAAGGCCGAGGAGAAAAGCACGCCGUCUCCUGAUCCGGACAUCCAAAGCUUCUCCUGCAUGCGCCGCCAUGAGAAGUUCAUCGAAAUGAGCACGCUGGAAGACCACAAGAGCGUUCAUCGAGAUCAAAAGCAGUUUCAGUGCUGCUUGUGUUCAAAGCGAUUCUGCUACAAGAAGGCCCUCGAAACUCACAUCGUCAAAUGGCACCAGAACUUUAUUCGGCCUGAAGAGGACUUCAAGUGGAUGGAACCGAUCGAGGACCCGGAGGACCUGGAGAGGAUCCUCCCGUGCCACAAGUGUCCCAUGACUUUCUGCACCUGCAUACAGUUACACAAGGACACAAAGACGAAGCAUCCUCCCCAGAAGUAACGGCGUGCCAGCAGUGUGGGGAGAACGUGGAUCAUCAAGUAGACGACAAUCACAGGGAGUGUGCAAACCUCAGUUUUAUGGAGACGUUAAUCCUGUAUAUGAGUAUUCCUCUUUGUUUUUCAGACGGGUUUUGGAUUAUUUUUACAUAAAACACAUUUGUAUGAAGAUUUU